AUGUUGGAUAGGACAGUUGACGAGGCUAGCCGAAUUUGCCCUGCUCAGCGCGCUGUUUCUCAUGAAGGCCUAGCGAGGAUCGUUGCUGCUGAGAAUUCCAGUUGCCCCAUAUCAAAACCCUUUCUCGCUAGGAUCGUUAUCAACAUUCCACGCAUUCUUGCCUUUCUGCUAGUCACAACGCAUGACAUUGGGAGCAUUUCAUUGGACAAUUUACAAAAUUCUUCGCAGCAGCCCCCAAUCUCCGUCUUCCCAUUGCGCACAUUCCCAAAGUAUACCGGCAUGAACGAUCCAUUAAGUGACUGUGGACAAGUUCAGGCAGGUCUAGAGUCGUGCGGUGACCUGGGGGGCCCCAGCUUAGCGGCUGGCAGCAUGCUGAACGAGGAAUCAGGUGAUGGGAGUGCUCGAAGGAUUCAUUUGGACCUGCACGUCUUUGUCGGUGGUCCGAGCUACGGCUUUGUCUCCCUGAAUGAGCCGUUUACUCUGACUAGUGCAUGGUUUCAAACUCUUACAAAGGAAGCUCGGGGCCCCACGAGUCAUACAGGUAUCGCAGCCUUUAUUGCGCAACAUCGCAAUGACGGUAAUCAAAGCCAACCCGGACGCGAAGUUCAAAUGUCGGUCAACUUUAUUCCUGCUUCUUACCUGACGCUAAUGCCCGAUGUUUCCUUUCACACAACUGGUUCAGUUCCGGCUUCGUUUCACGAAUUACCACAACAAACGCAUUUGCUCGAAAGUCUCUCGAGCUUCUGGUCCCGGUGGGUGCAUCCGAUUCUGACCUUUCAUUUGCUCGGAGUUGAAAUCCAAGCCCCGAGCAGCUGCAGUCGUUGCCGACCUAGGCGAGAAUUGCAGGCCUUUAUAUUACCAGCCGCGUAUAAUGCGACUGAGCACCCCGUCCUCGAGAUCAGAAUGGCUGCUAAUACGCCUCACGGAUAUCGCUCCAUCACCGAGUACAUCCCCCGCGACGACCAAACCGACGCAAUUUUUCGGGCCGCUGCGUAUCAUCGCAAAGACUACUGUCGUUCUGUGAUAUGGUUCGCACCUCGCGAACACGUCGUGGUUCGUCCGUCGUUAGCAACGCCCUUCUAUAGGAGGUCCAAUACGGGGCUCGGCUCCCUCGAUCGAUUACCUCUCGAGCUCCUGCAUGAUGUAAUACUACAUCUCGACAUGCGUUCUCUUUCGUCGUACCAUCAGUUGCACACUUCAUAUACGCUUCUCGGCCCCUUGGUGUGUAUCCAAGCUGCGCACAAACGUAACUGUGAAAGCAGCUUCGUAAUGGAGCUCUUGACCUAA